AUGACGGCCCUCGUUAUUCAGCCUGUCACAAUCAACGACGUGCCAGCUCUUUCUGAGCUUUGGUACACGGCCUUUAGCAUCCCUGUGAACCUGCGUAUGUUCCCUGAUACACCUGGUGUCCGAGCCUGGUGGGACGAGGCCAACCGCCGAGAUCUUCUUUACAACCCGCUUCGAAAACUAUUCAAAAUUGUCGAUCCCACCACGCCAGACUUUGUGGUCGCAUACGCAAAAUGGGACUUGGACCCCUCGGAAAGUGGCGAGAGGUUUCCGCCCUGGCAUGAGGAGUCCGACCAUGAAACGUGCGAGCGCUUGUUCACGGGCUUAUCUGAAGAGCGGAAGAAGUUGCUCGGGGAUCGAAAACAUUAUUAUUUGGAUAUGUUGGUUACGCAUCCGGAUUAUCGUCGCCAGGGUGCGGCGUCGAUAUUGAUACAGUGGGGAUGUGACCUUGCAGAUCAGAAUGGGGUUGCGGCAUAUCUGGAUGCUCACGAAGAUGCGGCUCCGCUAUAUAGGAAAUUCGGGUUUAAGGAUCGCGAUGAUCUAGGCGUUACCUCUGACGGGGCAAUUCCAAUGAUUAGGGAGCCUCAGAAAAGGGAUUGA